ACUUCAGGAGGAAGGUGUUUGAGUAGAACAAACUCAACAACACUCCUUCCUCAAUUCCUCUCUCUCUCUCUCUCUCUCUUUCUCUCUAUAAAACCCCUUGUUAGGUUGGUGGUGGUGUGCCCAGUGCCCAGAGAGUAUAGUGUCACAGCAAAAAUGUCGCAGAACGGGAAGCUAAUGCCGAAUCUGGACCAGCAGAGCACCAAGGUCCUCAACCUCACCGUUCUCCAGCGAAACGACCCCUUCGUCGAGGAGAUCCUCAUGACUUCUACUCACGUCACCUUCUACAAGUUCGACACUAACACCAGCCAAUGGAGUCGCAAGGACGUCGAGGGAUCUCUCUUCGUCGUCAAGAGGAACGCGCAGCCUCGCUUUCAGUUUAUUGUGAUGAAUCGCCUCAAUACUGAAAAUUUGGUGGAGGAUCUUUUGGGAGAUUUUGAAUGUGAAGUCCAGCUUCCUUAUCUUUUAUAUCGAAAUGCGGCCCGAGAGGUGAAUGGUAUUUGGUUCUACAAUGCAUCUGAGUGUGAAGAGGUGGCAAAUCUUUUCAGCAGGAUACUUGGUGCAUAUUCCAAGGUGCCUCAAAAGUCAACAGUAUCAACUACAAAGAGUGAGUUUGAGGAACUUGAAGCAGUCCCAUCCAUGGAUGUUAUGGAUGGUCCUUUAGAGCCAUCAUCAUCAACUGCCUCGAAUAUCGCAGAUGCUCCUGAUGACCAUGCCUUUGUUAACUUCUUUAGCGCAGCUUCACAUACAGCAGUUGCUGGACAGGCUUACCAGUCUUCUACAAUCUCUGUGCCCUUGCAUCAAGUCGGCUUUGCUCCUUCCACUAUUUCUAACAUGCACAUAUCAUCUCCUCCACAGUUAUCAACUGCGCCUUCAGUCCCUUUCCUUGACGUCCCUGAAUCCCACAGCAAUACCAACCUGGCCACUAGUCUUGUAAAGCCUUCGUCAUUUUUUGUUACCCCUCCUUCCCCUGCAACAGUGAUUGCACCUGUAUCUUCAUCAGUGCCUAGUGCUCCUCUGUUUCAACCUGCUGUGAGUCUACAGCGUCCAUAUGGUGCUCCUUUGCUACAACCUUUUCCCCCACCUGCCCCUCCACCAUCUCUCACUCCUGCUUCUUUUUCCACUUCAAACUAUGGGCCACUUAUUAGCAGAGAUAAAGUCCGAGAUGCACUCCGGCUGCUUGUUCAGGAUAAUCAGUUCGUUGACAUGGUCCAUCUAGCACUCCUUAAAGCGCACCACUCAUAAUCCAUUAGGAGAAGCGUUAAAUAUGCAGGUGACUGAGCAGCUAUUGGAGGUGACACUACAAUCUAAGGAGAUGGAUUGUUUUUGUUUAUCAUGUAGUUUUUCCUUCUUUCAGAUCACAUGAAUGUAUAGAAUAUCUCUUCUCAUUCUCAUUCUCAUCAGAGCACCUGAUAUAUAAUUUUCAAUUACCUGUGGCUUUUACCACCUUUAAACUCACAAAUGGCACUCUUGAUGGCCCAUCUUUGAGCUCGUAACCCAUUAGGGGUUGAAUGCUUAAAUAUGCAGGUGGCACUACAAUCUACAAAGCUGGAUUGUUUUUGUUCGUCUUCCAAGAUUUCCUUGUCUUUCCAGAGUGUAUGAAUGUAUAGAAUCUGUCCUCUCAUUCUUAUGAGAGCUUCUGAUA